ACGCACACAAGGCAAAAUUAUCACACAAAAUUGCAAUGAAAAAAACCACCUCAGAGACGACUGGAAAGCCAAGCUGAAAAUUCCUCCAAAGGACAACCGCGUCAAGACUAGUGAUGUUACCUCUACCAGAGGAAAUGACUUUGAGGAGUACUGCCUCAAGCGGGAACUUUUGAUGGGCAUCUUUGAGCAAGGCUGGGAAAAGCCUUCUCCCAUUCAAGAAUCAGCUAUUCCAGUGGCACUACUUGGAAAUGACGUUCUCGCUCGGGCCAAAAACGGUACAGGUAAAACUGGCGCUUACACAAUUCCCAUGCUCGAGAAGAUCGACGUGAACAACAACGCCAUCCAGGCUUUGGUGGUUGUUCCUACGCGCGAACUGGCUAUGCAGACUUCAAAUAUUUGCAUGGAGCUGAGCCGACACAUGGGCGUGCGAGUCAUGGUAACCACCGGAGGAACCAAUCUGAAGGACGACAUCAUGCGCAUCUACGACAAUGUUCACGUGGUGAUCGCCACCCCCGGCCGCAUACUUGAUUUAGUCGAGAAAAAGGUUGCCUCUCUAAAUAACUGCAAGUACUUUGUCCUCGACGAGGCUGACAAGCUGCUGGGCCAGGACUUCAAAGGAAUGCUCGAUACUCUGAUUUCAUACCUGCCCGAAGAAAGGCAAAUCCUGCUCUUCUCAGCCACUUUUCCCAUCACUGUCGAACAGUUCAUGCGCAAACAUUUAAAGAACCCUCAUGAAAUCAAUCUCAUGGAAGAGUUGACUCUAAAGGGUGUGACGCAGUACUACGCUUUCGUGCAAGAGCGACAAAAGGUCCAUUGUCUGAACACUUUGUUCUCGAAACUUCAAAUCAACCAAUCCAUCAUCUUCUGCAACUCUACUCAGCGCGUUGAACUUCUCGCAAAGAAGAUCGCUGAGCUCGGCUACUCCUGCUACUAUAUUCACGCCCGCAUGUCGCAGCCUCACCGAAAUCGCGUUUUUCACGACUUCAGGAGUGGCCUCUGCCGCAACCUCGUAUGCAGUGAUCUCUUUACUCGUGGUAUUGACAUUCAAGCAGUCAACGUGGUCAUCAACUUUGACUUUCCGAAAAUGGCCGAAACCUACUUGCAUCGCAUUGGCCGAUCAGGCCGUUUUGGUCAUCUCGGUAUUGCCAUCAACCUGAUCACCUACGAGGACCGACACCUACUUCACAAAAUUGAAGCCGAACUGAACACUUCAAUAUCACCAAUUCCAAAAGUUAUCGAUCCUCAGCUGUACGUGGCUGAGGCACAAGAGGCUAACCACCAGGACAAGUGA